CAUCGUCCCCCGGGCUCCACUUCCGGUCUCAGUGGUGGUUCCACAACACGCGUGUUUUCUCUCCGUGUGGGAACUGUUGGAGUCAUGAGCGCAGAAAACAGCGACGGGAACAUUUCGGUUCCCUUACGGAACCUGCUGAACUCUGCGCACUGCGUCAGGGACCGAGUCCGAGACGGAGAAUCCAACGAGUCAGACGGAGCGUUCAACCUCGCCAACUUCUGGGACACUCUGAACCAGGCCGUGAUGGCCGUGUCCCAGGAAGCCACCAAACUCAGUCUGGCCUUUUCCAAACCGCCGCUGCCGUCGCAACAGGAUACGGAGAAGCUGGCGGAGUCCACCAUGAAGAGCAUCCUCACCCUGUCCACGGUGUAUUACUGGUUACCCAAGAGCCAAGGCGUCAGUUUGCGGCGUCAGGUCCGAGACGCCACCGUGGAUGUUCUGGAUGGUGUCUCACAGCUGGUGGAGGUCAUACUGAGUUCACCACUGCAGAGUCUGUCCCAGGAACAGUUGACCACAACAGGAACCGUGUGGUCAGCCUGUGACCAGUUUGCCCAGUUACCAAAAGAUAAUAAAGCGGCUGUGCUCCUGGUUCUGUCUGCUCAGAUGGGAGUUGUCAAAGACGCCAUAGAGGAAAUUGAACAGGCCUUAUCCGAGGUCCAGGAUCCGUUCAACGAUAUCCUGGACGACGACCAGGAUGGGGAUGAGCCGCGAGGCAACCAGGACACAUACUGGUCAGACAAGGACCGGCUUGUGAUUGGUCCAUGCCACGGCCUGAUAAAGGCGUCGGCCGCGUGCCUGAAGAAAAUGAUGUCAUCUGUCAAAGCCAACGGUGACGUCACCACGCCUCCGAAUCUGUCCCAACUUGACGACCUGGCUGACAUUACCAAGGAAAUAAGCCCUGGUGUUGAUGAUCUGGCUCUGUGUCUGUACCCACCCAUGGACUAUAGUGGAGUAGAGAGCAAUGUGACUAAAUUGGCAGCACUGCUAAAGAAAGUCCUGGAGAUCAUCAGGUCCAGUCAUGUGUGCGGCGAAUCAGAGCUGAACUGGGUUCAGUUCUUAGACGGAGCCGUCGACCACAACCUGCAGAAAGCCAAAGACCUGAUUCAGCAGGACAGCUAGUGUGUCUGUGCAGCUAAAAGUGUGUGUUGUGUGGUUUUAUGUGCUUGUGUGAGAGUGUGAGUUUGUACAAAAAGAUGUGGAUUUGUAAGAAGAAGAAAAAAGCGCCUGCAUAUACAACAACAAUUAAAAGUGAAGACAUGUGUCUAUAUGAAACCU